UUUAAUUUGUGAGGGUCUAUCUGUAUUCAGUGGGUGGUCAUCACCGACUUCAGGAUGGCUACUUCAUCACUGCUCCCUCGAAUAUCCCACCCUAUUCUCUAUGGAACCCUUUGCCAACCUCGUAACUUGAGAUGCAUGGCAUGGCGCACUCUUCCAGGAGAUGUGUUUUUGGAGUCAUCAUGCUUUCCUCAGGGGAAUAGUCUUUUCCAGUUGAGCUGUCAGAGGUCUUUGGCCAGAAUUGGAUGGCACUUCUUUCUUAGUUGUGAUGCUGCUGAUUUCUUAUUUUGCCACAAUGUAAAACAAAGUCAAGGACUUCUGUUGCAGAGCUCUGCUCCUGGAGAGAAGUUACCUUGGUCUUCGAUGCCUCUCUCUACUUCCUGGUGGAGUAACAGGGCUGCUCAGAUGUUCUUGGAAGAUGCAAUUAGCUCUACAACAUGUCCCCAGUGUCUCUGGAGGCCAGGAGGCAAAGGCACAGACGACAUUGGUGUUGCGGCUCAAAGAUCUUGGAUGUCAGAGACUUCACACCAACACAGGAUGAAGAGCAGAUCACAUUGCGAAUGGUGCCAGUAUCAUAAGGAUAGAUGA